CGAGUCCGUCACCCAGGUCAUGAAAAGUGCCAAUCGCAAGACUACGGGAUCGCCUUCUGAGAUACAUGUUCAGCCAUGCAAUUACGCAUCUGUUCGUUCACUGUGCGCCCUGGCUUUUUACAUGUCGAGCGACGUCUGCGCACCCCAACGCCUGCUCUCCCUGCUUUGACCGUGUCGCCGUCAGCUUCGCGCACCCGGAUGCAACCCACUCGCUCUUCCAUACGACGAGCGGAGCUCGUUCGCACUCCAAGUCGACCGCAUCAACAAGAUCAACCGUUGCCGCGUCGCAGAGGCGCCGCCGUCGUUCGGGCCUAUCCAUACAUACAUCGCCGCUCGCCGACCGUCGUGCGCUCAGACGCACGUUCUCCCCCACCCGACGAGCGACAAUACCACCACGACAUGCGCGCCAUCGAUGGGUCGCGGCGCAAAUGCCCAGCGCGUGCAUGCAAUGCAGGGAACAUGAACGCGUGCAAGUCUUAGGCCAAAACGAGACCACCCGCGCGCAGGUCGUACGUUUCACGCUCGCGCUCAUCUCGUCACGCGCCGCGAGCGUUCUGCUCUCGAAUCCCAGUGCGCUGGGUCUGUUCGCGAGAGCGAUCGCGCUCACAUGCAGGUAUGUGAUUCAAACUUCCAUUUCUCCCCUACCCCUUUCAAAUGUUCCAUUCAACGAUUUCUCCCCUACCCCUCCU